AACUCGCGGACUUUCCCGGCUUUGGAGCGAGGGGAGCCGGCGCGCGAUUCUAGUCGAGGACGGGGGGUCCGCGAAGCGCUCGCGUCUCGGCUAGGCCGCGCCGGGGAUAUUUUAGUGAAGAGGAGGACUUGGCGCUCUUAAAAGCACACUUAAAGACGUCCAGGUCACAGUGGGCGAGCGAUGUCUGCGCCCGUGGCGAGCCGAGCGCGUGUAUACACGGACGUGAACACGCAUCGCCCGCGCGAGUACUGGGACUAUGAGUCACACGUGGUGGAGUGGGGGAACCAGGAUGACUAUCAGUUGGUGCGCAAGCUGGGCCGGGGCAAAUACAGCGAGGUGUUUGAAGCCAUCAACAUCACCAACAACGAGAAGGUCGUCGUCAAAAUACUCAAGCCUGUUAAAAAGAAGAAAAUCAAGAGAGAAAUAAAAAUAUUAGAAAACUUACGCGGCGGACCCAAUAUCAUCACUCUGCUCGAUGUAGUAAAAGACCCUGUGUCGAGAACUCCUGCACUCGUCUUUGAACAUGUUAACAACACAGACUUCAAGCAACUCUACCAAACCCUCACAGACUACGACAUUCGGUUCUACAUGUACGAAAUCUUACGGGCCCUGGAUUACUGCCACAGCAUGGGCAUCAUGCACAGAGAUGUAAAACCACACAACGUCAUGAUCGACCACGAGAACAGAAAGCUGCGGCUCAUAGACUGGGGCCUGGCUGAGUUCUACCAUCCGGGGCAGGAGUACAACGUGCGCGUCGCCUCUCGCUACUUCAAGGGCCCCGAGCUGCUCGUCGACUAUCAGAUGUACGACUACAGCCUCGACCUGUGGAGUCUUGGCUGCAUGCUGGCUUCCAUGAUCUUCCGCAAGGAACCUUUCUUCCAUGGACAUGACAACUAUGACCAGCUGGUGCGGAUUGCCAAAGUACUGGGGACGGAAGACCUGUACGAUUACAUUGACAAGUACAACAUAGAGCUCGACCCGCGGUUCAACGACAUCCUCGGCAGGUGUGGGCCUCCAAAACCGCAGCCUCUUGUAGUCCCGGCCUGCAGUGGGAAGCACUCGCGCAAGCGCUGGGAGCGGUUCGUGCACAGCGAGAAUCAGCACCUGGUGAGCCCCGAGGCGCUCGACUUUCUGGACAAGUUGCUCCGCUACGACCACCAGACGCGGCUCACGGCUCGCGAGGCCAUGGAGCACCCCUACUUCUACCCAAUUGUGAAGGAGCAAGGCCGUAUAGGCACAAAUAGUCUUCCUAACAACUCCACCGCACCGGUGAACAGUUCCAACAUGAUCUCCGGAAUGACGUCGGUAGCCGUGUCGUCUCCGAUGGGGCCCAUGGCAGCCUCGCCUGUGCUGUCCCCAGCGGGGAACCCCAUCGGAGCACCGGUCCCAGCAGCCACGGCCGCCCAACCCUGAUCCCCUCCACCUGCCCCCCCCCCUCCACGCCCUACUCCACCGCCCUUUCAAACAGUGGCAUCUUAAGUGGGAUCAUUUCUAUUUCAAUUUUUUUUAUUGCUUCAGUUUUCAGUGCAAAACUGCAAUCUCUUGGGGGAGUUGGGGGGGGGGGGGUUUCUCUGUGCAGAACUUUAUAAAGUUUCCACCUAUUUCCCUUCCGUGCAUCAGAAGGGGUGGUCGGCGCGGGGUCUUUUGUCGGAUCGGGCAUCAUUUAUCAGAAGCUAAGGUAUAGCAAUGAGUUGCAAGAGCUUUUAUUAACUGUCGUAAGGGCACCCCCUCCUCCCCUGAAAAUGAUGGGCUUUCACCACUUGCAUGAUGACAACAUGAAGAUCCUGGGGCCGUGAAUGCUGUCUGAGGACUCGACCGAGGGGGAUGUAACGCGACAAAUAUGAGCUUUCUUGUUUGCCCCCCCCCCCCUUACGACGCUACUGCUGACAAGCAGCAACUUGCACGCAUCUCUCCUACUUUUCACCACCUUCGAUGCGGCCGAUGGUCUUCUUGCUCCCAGCGCUCCUUAUUCUGCGACCCGUUCAUAUUGUUUGAUCAGAGGUCCCUCUUGGGCAUUGGCAUGAAGAAAUGAAGAUGCCGAAAAUGAUUAAGACGGACAGCUUUUUGAGUGCUCCGCCAAAGCCUGCAGCUUUGUAAUAAGGCCUCGAAACAUCGGGACACAAGACCUUUACAUGUUUUCUAGGAGGCACGUGCUCUCACUUUUACUGUAAGGAAGUAUUUGAAUUCAUCUGCACAGCAAGAUAUGGCUGCAGGAGUCUGUAAGCAAGGAUGUGUUUAUUCAAGUCAUUUCAACUAAGCUAUGGAUUGGCUUGAAAAUCCACAUUUCUCGGUGUCAGAUGAUCAGAUGGCUUACGUGAUAAGGAACAAACUGCUGCUACCCUCAUGAAAAUGUAUGAUGUGUUAAGAACGAUGACAUGUAAUUGGCUUAAAAACGUUCCAAAAACACAUUCAAAUGAAGCAAAAAGUGCAAAAGCCCCUAGCGGGAAAAUGGGCUUAGUGGCACCAAUGUGUUUGGUUUGUAUCUCUGGUCUGCGGUAUUAGUGGGUCACACCUUAACUCUUUGGAUCCCAAAAAUGGGAGGAACAAAAACCUCCACACUAUUUCAAUAGACGUGGUUUCUUUUCAUCGUUCUGCUGUUCCCAAACCAGCCCACUUUUUGGAACUCUUCUGGCCAACUUGAGUUGUGAGCUGGAAAGGAAUUUUAUUUAAUUUCAACAAAAUUCACUGUUUUAAUCCUAUUUAGCAGCAUGGAAAUGGGUGCUGAAUACCGACGGCAAAAAAAACUGUCCAUUUUCAUAACGAGACCAACAUUGAGAUGGUGGUUCUGCGUGUGUUUAUUUUUUUUCUUCCAUAAUUGUUUUGUAGCUAUUUUCUCUAAACGCAUUGCAGACUUGAGUGUGUUUAGCGAAUGUUUUAAUGGUUUAAGCACUGAAAGUUUUUUUUAUGUCGUAUUAAAUCGAAGCCCUGGGAACACGGUGCCACUUUUACUUGAACUGCAGUUUUGAACAGUUUCAGGAGACGCGUUUUUGAGGCCACUUUUUAAAAUACAUCUGAAACGAGUUUCAGCUUCUGUUGCAGCGCAAUGUCAUGGCUGGAACUAAUCGCAUAUCUGUUGUGGUGAAUGGACAGAAAUCCAUCCGUGUCAUAAACCUUGGUACCCAAGAUAUGUUCUUGUAAAUGAUAAGCUGAAUGGCUAUAUUGGGAAAUUAUGUGAUUUUCAUUUGCUCUCAAGCUAAAAUGUGGAAUGAGAGGACUUCUUAAAUCGAAGCUUCAAACUCUGCAUGCCAUCAAUGUUUUACUCACUGCUCCAUUACUCACACUAAUGCGUGACACAACUCGUUUUUAAUUGGCGGGGGUAAAACCAAAAUAUCUCCCUUACCCCUCCAGGUACCUACUCAUGCAUCUAUUCCUUUUCCACUGGAACAUCCAAACCACAGCGGGGCUAGGCCAAGCCAGGCCGUCGCAGGUCAGGAGGCGCCAGAUUGUUUUUUUUUGUUUUCACAGCAGCAGAAUCCGAGCCGUGCCGUUGGAAGUCUCUCACUGAUUUUAAGUAUGUGUCACACACAAUGUCAGUCAUAACGUGAAACGUGUGUCAAUGACGGGAUGACGCUUACUGAGUUUUUACCGACCGACGUCGCAUGCGACGAAAUGUGUCGUUAUAGCCCCCCCACCCAACCGAAUGUGUUACUGUUAGGCCAGCGAUGCAAUGCAGGGCCUCGAAGCGGGAAAUUUCCGGCAGAACGUCACGGCACCGCGAGGUUUCCGCACGCGAAAUGGCGCCACUCGGGGACGUGGCAGUGGACAAAGGGGGGGGGGGGGGGUAGCAGAAGUCGCCAUGAAACUCCUCUCCAGGAUCAGGAUCUGCAAAGUUGGUGCCGUGUCCCCACAGUGGUUUGUCAUAUGGGCUGUGUGUGAUGUCUAUGCACUUUGCCGACGAUAUGAUAAUCGCGCAGGACACGGCGCGGUUACGGCGGUGACUACGGCGGUGCUUCGUCAACGUUUAUGCUUUUGCCCCCUUUCUUGCCCUCAUUUCUAUUUCCUCGACGGAAAGUGAAGACAGUGUUUUUGAGCCCCCCCUCCUCCCCCCCCUCCUCUUCUUUACGGGAGGCGAUGUUAUUAAGUUGAUUUUAUUUGAAGAUUUAGCUGCUUAACAUAUUUUGAGUUUAAUUUAUUUAAUUGUAGUUACUGUUGUAAGAAGUAAAUAAAUAUCCACGUGAACGGAGUUUGAAACAAAAAAAGAGGGUCAGGUUUCGUGGAUCACAGCACCUCGGAACAAGAGUUGUGUGGUUCGUCCAAUUGUUGAUGCCACUCCUGAUGGUCUUGUGUGUACUCUCAUGGUCCACCCGCAUUAUCCCUCGUAAUGGUCAGACCUGGUUGCAGCUAUUGUUGCACAUCAGUUUUGCAUUUGCACAUCACACCAAGACGUUUGCUUCUCGGUGUAUUCUCCAUGUGCAUUCUUCCAUGAGCUUGUUUUUAAACACAGAAGUCGGUUCUCAAUAAUUGCAAUAAUAUUCAACGCAGAGCUGACCGAUAACAAAAUGUCCUCACCAGUGCGCACAUCCUGGGUACUAGUCAUUUAAUGUUUUUUAAGUACGUCUGAAUUUGUAAUUUCCAUCACGUGUGCGGCAACGCUUCCUUUUUAAUUAACAGAAUAAUAUUGGCCACUUUUGAAUGGUCAACGUUGAAUGUGCUGCUUGGUUAGAAAUACGAGAUGUUCACGCACUUGCCACAUUGAGAGCCAGUGUGUGUGUGUGUGCGCGUGUGUGUAUUCUAGGACACACGUGGCGUUGACGCGAUAACAAAUCACACAGCUUUAAUCGAGUAAUACAAUACAAACGCAAGUGUUUUUGUACGGCAUUAUAUUACAAAGCAGGUCACUAAUAAUGGCUUGCGGCUGGUUACAAAAAAACACCUGAACGGUUUCUACAAUUCUGCUCUUGAUUGAGUGAGACAAUUUGGGAAAUUAAAUGUACACGUGCGUCUAUGCAUUUCCAGUUUUUUUUUUUUCUCCUCUGCAUCCCUUCUGGGAAGCAUGCAAACCUGGCACCUCUGGACAUGGCAUUUGUUCAACCGGAGUGACCGUUUAUGAUAAAGUGGAAUAGAUUUGUGUGAUGUACAAAAACAAAAAACACAUAAAUGCAUUGAAGGAUGGCGAUAUGUGCAUAUUGGACCAGUGCGACCUAUUGAGAGGUCUCGCGUGUCCUUAAGUCAAGGGUUUAUGGUUUUUCGUGUAAUAUAUAACGCAGAGUCAUCGAGGCACAGUUACUUGUUUUGAGUCUGACCAGGAGACGGUGAGGAUGCAACUUUUUUUUUGACAACAGAACGUGUCUACGUGUAUUAUCCCCGUUAUCAAUGCAAGGGUAGGUAAAUGAGUUAUACUGUUUUUUUUUUCUUUCCAGAAUGGUACAAGUACUGUUGCCUUUCGACAGUACUUGUUUUAAUCGCCGUGGUAAUACCGGACUUUCCGAUUCUGGAUUUAGCCUCGUGUCACACCCCCACCACCAUGGUGGGUAAAAACUCGAUGUAUCGUCACGGUUUAAAAAGAAAACAAGGCAAAGUAAAGAGGGGUUCGUGUCUCGACUUGUGGUGCAGGUAAACCAUUUCCCAGGCAUUAUUAUGCAACGGAGUGUUUAGCUCGGUGACCGGAGUUUAAAUGUGAUUGGAAAUUGCCUCUUGCAUGGCUGACCCUUAAGUGUUCCUAAAAUAAAAACAUUUAAAUACAAUAAAAACAUAUGAGGUAAGCAGCACGUCUGUUAAAACAUUCUCUGCAUUUAUGCUAUCUGGUCUAAAAAAAAAUAACCAAAGUGAAUAUAUUUUUGUCUGAUCCUCGUCGUGAUGUCGCAUCGAUUAUUGGUAGUUGAAAACUGACUCAUUGAUAAGCCUAAUAUUGGGAUGGUAUAAUAUUGUUGUCUCAUUGUCCAAUAAUGCUGACUGCCUGUCCAUAUACAGCUAUAAAUGGAAAACAAGAGAAUUACCGUACAACAAUUACGUACGAUUACAAUUUUUGCAAUGGUUUCCUGCUGAAGGAGAAUUGGGAGGUGGGGGGGGGGAAUUAAUUAUAUUUUAAUUAACGAGUUAUUUUCGUUUAAACAAUUUAUGACUCUUCCAUCCUAAGAUAGCGUGGCCAAGUCGUUCAUCCCUGGAGUUUGUGAUAUUAAUAUAGAAAUGCAUUUUUGAGACGUCAAAAUUACUGAGUUGCCAGUCAUGGAUGAACGUCCAAUGCGAUGUCUGCCAUUUGUUCAAGGGGCGCUUACCAAGGGGAAGACGCACGUCUGCGCAUAGAAUCGUCAGAAUCUGCUACGUUCAAAGCAAAAAUUUACCUUUUUUGUUGUAAAUAUUAACUUUAUCGAACAAUGGAGAGAGAGAAAAAAAUGAACAAUUAACCUUAAAGUCUGCCAAGUAUUAGUGUGCAUUGUGUUUUUGUUUAAGGAAUAGAAGUGAACCUUUAGUAUUGCUCCUUUUUCAGUUUUUGUAUCACUUCUGUAGAGUAAUAACAUGAAGCAAACCCUCCAGUUUAUAGGCGACAAAAUAAACUAACAAUGAACAAAUAGCCUCACUUUUUUUUU